UGAAAAAGUACCAAGUCGAGCGCUGUCACCGACUAUCACCACACUCGUUUAGAUCUGAGCUUUGACCUAAGCAAUUGAUGAAUGUCCUUGAAGUUGUUUGUGUUAACUACAGUUGUGUCUCUAAAUUCGAAUUCAAACUACAUACUACUUGUGGUCCACUAAAACAAACAUAUGCUGUGGUAGCGUGGUUGAUCUUUGGCUUUUUUGUCCCAACAAAAGCGUCGGCGAUAUAUAACGGCUGGAUUACCGCUCCGCCACCUCAAAAACACUCUAUCCUACCCGUCUCUGAGCUCAUCAUUAUGACUGCUCAACAAGCCAAUCUUACGGACCGUAGUAAACUUCGCAUGGAGCGGCUCAGGCUCGAAGAGCUGGAGCAGCAACGCUGGGAACAAGAGGCACUUGUAAUGCCUGAAGCGCUCAACCAAGCUCUCCUAAUGUCAUUUGCGUCAGUUAAGACUGAGUUCAGUGACCUUGACGGACUCUCGUGGUCACGCUACCCUGUUCCUAUGGUUCCUAACCCAUGGGCGAUAGACGAACCACCCCCCACUCCAACACCGAAUUAUCCCGAGCCCAGCGAAUUCCCUGAUGAGCCAGAAUACUCUCAACGGUCACAAACUCCCUCACCUUAUACUAUUUCAUCUCUUACUGGCCUGACUUCUUUCCCACCUGGAGAAACCAUUCGAGCACCCCGAGCGCCAAGUAAAUCGUCUUGGUCUCCCUUGUUGCCUACAAAUCAGUUCACUUCGGAUUCGAACGUUUCAAGAUGCUCAGAUCGCACAAGACCGUCGUCCUUACCGCCUACAAACUACCACAUAUCACCAAGCGAUGCUCACUAUGAACUCUACCAACUACCUUCAUUUGACACAUCUAUGCAACCCCGGAUAUCCAUUCCUUCAAACCACCGCAAAUCUAAUUCGCAACAACUUACAUAGCAUUAUAUUCAUGAUCACGCCCCCCUCGUCUUUAACGUUAACGAAACUGCUUUGUAUCGAUACUACUGUAGCUGUACGCUUAGAUGUUCAAUGGACUGCCUUGGAUAUUAUUACAUCGUUUUGCGGGAUCAUCGUGGAGAAGGGAAUUCAAAGUUCUGAUUGGUAUUAUAUGUCCGAACAGGUCAUAUUGUAUCAUGUUUUUAACUUGAGGCCUUAUGGAUCAUGAUAUCUUCGCUCAAA